ACCACCAUUCCCAGCGAGCUCCGCGCCUGAGCCCGGCCGAGCGGCGACAUGGCGGCGCCGGGAGCGGGGGACCCAGUGGACGCCAAGGAUGGAAAGGCUCCAUUAGCUCAGCGUAUCGACCCAACUCGCGAGAAACUCACUCCCGCGCAGCUGCACUUCAUGCGGCAGGCGCAGCUCGCGCAGUGGCGGAAGACGCUGCCGCAGCGGCGGACGCGGAACAUCGUGACCGGCCUGGGCAUCGGGGCCCUGGUGCUGGGCAUUUAUGGCUACACCAUCUACUCCAUAUCCCAGGAGCGUUUCCUCGAUGAGCUGGAAGACGAGGCCAAAGCUGCCCGAGCCCGCGCUCUGGAAAGAGCAGCGGUACCCUGAACCUCGGCAUCGCCUGUCUUCAACCUGCCGGAGCCACGUGGAGCCCUUCCCUGGCGGAGGCUGCCCCAUGCCCUGUGGAAACUGACACCUUCGCACACCAUACCUGGCCCACUUACUCACUUUGGACCACGACUGGGCCCAAGAAGCAAGACACUGAAUUUGGCCACUGUCAGUGUGCCAGUCAUUUCCCAUGCACUGUACCCAGCGACUAAGCCCUUGUUUGUUUCCUUGUUUGAGAGGUAUGCGGCUUUGGCUUCCCCCAAACUUCCUGAGUUUGUGGUUUUUCCCCCUUCUCCUCCCAGGGCCCCGGUGGCAGCCCUGUGCAGUGUUGGAGCCUAAAAUGGGAAAGAGUUAAGAACAAUAAACUUGAGUCAUCUCCCCUGGA